AUGCACGUAGUACCAGCCAGGAGUAGUCAAACGUCGUCAAGAACAUCAAGAACAUCAAGACACCAAGAACAUCAAGAACUCCAAAAACAUAGCUAUUCUGUUGGUUGUAUAAUAAUGGAUGAGUUAUUGGAACAAGGAUUAGUGAAGAGAAAUGACCAACUUCACUCUAGAAUAAAAGAGUUGAUUGAUGAAUUGAACGAUAUUAUAAUUGAAAAUGGGAAAAACUUACUAAUAGUUGAUAGAAUUGAAAAAUCCAAACCUAUAUUCAGUAGAUUGAAAUCAUUAAUUAAUGAGUUUGAACCAAGUCCCAAAUUACUUGAUUGUAAUUUGCAUUAUUAUAUCGAUACGCUAUCGAAAAAUUAUUUGAAACUAUAUGAUAACGUGGCUCCAAUACCAAAAGAGCCAAUUGAAAGUGAAUCGGAAAGUGAAUCAGAAACUGAUAGUGAGUCAGAAAGUGAUUCGGAAACUGAAGAUGCCGACACAACCAUUAGAUCUGAAGAUAAAAUUGGGAAUUUUGUUGAAAAAUUGAAAUCAAAUGGAUCUUCACCAAAAUUAACUUCAGCAUUGAUAAAUGAAGAAUCAAGUUACUCUUUAUUAUCUUUAGCAACAGAAAUUUCCGAAGUUAUCUAUUAUUUUGCUAAGAUAAGAGGGUUUAAAUUCAUUACUAACUAUUUUUCGAGUGAUGUUUAUCUUAUCCCGAAAUUAAUCAAAUUAAUUACUUCAAAUGAUUUGAAUGAUUUUGAAAAUUUCUUUAAUUUAAUCUGGUUAUCGAAUUUAGUAUUGGUUCCUUUCCCAUUAUCAAAUAUUAGUGAUUCAUUAAGUGAAACCAUUUUCAAAAUUGGUUUAAGACAUUUAACAAAUAAUUCAAAUGCUUCUAAAACUCAAUUAGUUUCACUGAUUUUGUUAUCAAGAUUAUUAACUAGAGAUGAUUCGAUUAAAAACAAUUUAUUAUCAAAUUAUUUCAAUCAGUACGUAUUAAAUGAAUGGAAUCCCAAGACUAAUUCAAUCAUCAAUCAACACCAGUCGGUUGAUCAAAACAUCAAAUUAGGUCAUAUGAUGACAAUUAAUAAAAUUUUGAAAAAAAUUUCAAAUGAUGAAGUUAAUAAGUACAUUGAUUUAAUCUAUCAUCAACUAAUCGAAAACGACUUAAUUCAAUUGAGAAUUCAAAUUAAUGAAAAUUUAAGAUUUGGUAAAUUGUCAAAUUUAAACAUUCUUUACAUUAUCAAGAUUUUAAGUAAAUUAUCAAAAUUUUACUUGAUAAAUAGAAAUUAUAAUCAAGUCUCCAAAAUUAUUAAUAAUUUAUUAAAUGACAUAAUGAAUCCAAUGUUAGAUAAAUUCGAUACUACUUUAAGAUAUUCAAUGGCUAAGAAUUUGAGUAACUUAACGAAUAAUUUAUCCUUACAAGCAAUUAAUUACCAAGAACAGUUAAUAAUUUAUAUGAUUAAACAGUUGAAUAUAUCGAACUUAACUUUUGAUUUUAGCCCCUUUUCAAAUCAAUCUACUAAAUUUAACAAGUUUAAUCCUAAUUUAUGGAUUAAUUCAAAUGAAAUUUCAAUUACAAAAUAUCAUACUAUUUUAUUAUACUUGGCUUAUACCUCAUUAAAUAAAUCAUUACCAAAGCAUUUAAUUCCUAUUAUCUUUAGCAUUGUUCAUAAAACUUUAUUCAUUAGUCAAAAAAGAGUCUCGGCCAAUUUGGGUAAUCAGGUCAGAGAUUCUUCUUGUUUUAUCAUUUGGUCAUUAUGUCGUUAUUUAAAUAAAAACGAUUUUGAAAAUUUAUCUUUAAAUCAAUCAUUCUUAGUCGAAAAUAUCUUAUUUGAUUUAAUUAAAGUGAUCAUAUUUGAUCAUGAUUUGAUUAUUAGACGUUGUGGAAUUGCUGUUUUACAAGAAUUCGUUGGUAGAUUCGGUGAAAUAAUUUUCAAACCUUUAUUAAAAUCUUCUAAUAAUGAUGAAUUAGGUUCUUUCAUCAUUAAAUUCAUUGAAUUUUUCAAUAAUAUGUCAAUUGGGUCAUUGAAUUUAUCUUAUUUAAUCAUUGGUAAAUUAAUUAAAAUUGGAUUUCCUCAAAAAAUCUUCAUGCCUUUGAUAUUGAAUAACAUUAUAAAUGAUGAAAUUCCAUUUUCAAUUAAAAAGCUUAAUUCAAAUCAUUUAAUUAACAUUUUACAAUUAAAUAAUGAAAAUACUAGUAAAGAAAUAGAGUUUCAGAUUGAUGAUAAAGAAGAACCGGAUACAAUUCCAAUCAUUAAAAUUAUUGACACUUUGAUUAAUGAAGUUGAUAGAUUCAAUACCGGUAUAUUGAAUACUGGAGCCAUUUAUUCAAUAUCGGAGUUAUUAGCAUACGUUGAUAUUAAUAUUAUCAUUGAUACUUAUCCUCAAUUAAUUUAUCAAUUAGAUAAUUUCAAAUUCGAUUUCCAUCAUGAUACUUUAGAAAAAGGGGAAUGUUACUUGAAAUGGAUCAACAGUUGUUUAGGUAGUAACAACUAUCAAAUCUUAAUUAAGUCAGAUAAAUUAUGGUCAAACUUGUUUUCGAUAUCAAGAUUAAAAUAUGAUCAGAGCUUGGUUUUAGAAUUUAAAAUAUUCUUUGAGUUGUUGAAACAGAAUCAAAUCAAAAUUUCAUUUGAAAAUUUCAAUAAAUUAAUCUAUUACAUUAAAAAUAAUAAUUUAAUUAUUGCAAAAUCUUUAAUUUACUAUAAAUUCACUGAUGAUAAUUUCUUGGAAAUUCUAAAAUUAAUUGAAAACACUCUUGUUGAUUGUGAUACGAGAUCAUUGAUUCUAAAAGGAUUAAGUGAUAACCUAUACGUUUAUGAGUUAAAUGAAGUGUUGCUUUUAAGACUUGUAAAUAUGUUAGAUGAUUAUACUAUAACUAAUCAAGGUGAUGUGGGAUCCAAAAUCAGAAUUUCUACUUUGAAUUUGAUACAAAAUAAUUUAAAGAAAUUUUUAGAAACUAAAAUUAUCAAUGAAUUAGAAAAUAAAUUGAUUAGACUAUCCGGUGAACUUAUCGAUAAAAUCAAAUAUGAAUCAUUUAAAUUAUUGUUGAAAAUCAAUUCAAUCAAUGACCCACAGAUUUACCAUGUUUUAGAAGAAACUAAUAGUAAUGACGCUAAUAUUUAUACUAGUAGUAAUGAAAGUGAGGAUCCAGAUCAUAAUAAGAAAUCAACAAUCCAUCUUGAUGAUGUACAAUUCUAUCGAGUUUUAUUAGACUAUUACUAUAAUCACGUAUUAUGCAAGAUUUUGCUAGAAGAUAAAUACUUAGAUCAUUACAAAAACUUAUCCGUUAAUUUUUGGAAAGGGAUCGUUUUCAGUAUGGGCUCGGUUACCGGUACUAAUUCAAUAAUCAAUGAAUCUUUUAAUCAAGUGAUCAGAUUAGUUGAAAAAUUGAAUGAAGUUGAAAAAAACUAUGUCUUCAAUGAAUUGUUAAAAUUAUUGAAAAUUCCACCAGAUACUAAAUUAAGUGAAUUGAACUCAAGACAAUUGAAAGUUUAUAUGAUGACUUUAAAUUUGUUUGUCAAGUUAUUCGAGUCAUCCAUCAAAUUCCCCGUUGAAUUUAACUAUAAUACGUUAUUCGUGAGGUGUUACAAUUUACAAAUCAAUACUUCGAAUAUUACUAGAAUCGGUCUAGUUUUGAAAAACUUCCAGUACUUAUCCGUGAAUAAUUCUUUGGAAAAAGACUUCCAAUUGAAGUGUCGUAACAAAGUUAUUUUCAUUGCUUGCUGUUGCCCAUUAGCAAAAGUCAGAAACAUGGCUAGUGAGAUCUUAUUUGAGAUAAUAAAUGAAUUAAAUCCAAAAGAUACCAAAACCAUUGAAUUAUUGGAUACAAUCAAUUGGGAUAAAACCCCAAAAGACUUGAAGCAUUACAUUUCACAAUUAGAAAAAGUUUAUAAACAUUUAUAA